UGGACACGUGUAAGGAUCACAGUACUACUAUGUAAGCCGAACGGCCCAAGUCUUCCAUCGUUUUAAUUCUUCUCCGGCCGGCAAAGAGGGGGAAAGCGACGACGUUCUUUUUCCCGCUUUCUUUCUGACACUGCACUCAGCAGUCGCGGACGACGCAGAUCAAUCUGAAAAAUGAAGCUGGUACCAAGAGAGGUUGAGAAGUUAGCUCUGCACAAUGCUGGUUUCCUAGCACAGAAACGUCUGGCUCGUGGCCUGCGACUUAAUUACACCGAGGCAGUAGCCCUUAUAGCAACUCAGAUUCUUGAGUUUGUUCGUGAUGGAGAUAGAACCGUUUCCGAGUUAAUGGACACUGGGAAACAGCUUUUGGGGAGGCGGCAAGUUCUACCAGCUGUUCCACACCUUUUAGAUACUGUACAGGUUGAGGGAACCUUCAAGGAUGGGACAAAAUUAAUCACCAUACAUGAUCCUGUUGCGUGUGAUGAUGGAAAUCUGGAGCUUGCAUUACAUGGUUCUUUCCUUCCAGUCCCGUCACUUGAUAAGUUUGUUCAGAAUAUAGAUGAUAGCCAUCCUGGUGUCAUAGUUUUUGGAUCUGGGAAAAUCGUACUUAAUAUGGGAAGGAAGACUGUGACACUGAAAGUUGUCAACAAGGCAGAUAGGCCCAUUCAGAUCGGGAGCCAUUAUCACUUUAUUGAAGUGAACCCCUACUUGGUUUUUGAUAGAAGAAGAGCCUAUGGUAUGAGACUAAACAUAUUGGCUGGAGCAGCUACACGAUUUGAGCCAGGUGAUGCCAAAUGUGUAUCUCUUGUCAGCAUUGGGGGUGCAAGAGUUAUUAGAGGUGGAAAUGGCAUUGCAGAUGGUCCUGUUGAUGCUUCCCAACUUGAAAAGGUGAUGGAAGAUGUGAUUGUAAAAGGUUUGGGGAAUGAACAUCAGCCAGAUGCAAGUGAAGGAAUUGUUGGAGGAAAUUCUAGCUUUACUGUUGAAGUUUCACAUGAAGCCUAUGCAAACAUGUAUGGACCCACUACUGGCGAUAAGAUACGGCUUGGUGACACUGAGCUAUAUGCAGAAAUUGAAAAGGAUUUUGCAGUUUAUGGUGAUGAAUGUGUAUUUGGAGGUGGAAAGGUUUUACGUGAUGGAAUGGGACAGGCUACAGGCUAUCCAACAUCCUCGUGCCUAGACACAGUUAUCACAAAUGCUGUUAUUAUUGACUACACAGGAAUAUACAAGGCAGAUGUUGGGAUAAAAGGAGGACUUAUUGUUGCCAUUGGGAAGGCAGGGAAUCCUGAUGUCAUGGAUGGUGUGCAGCAAAACAUGAUUGUGGGGGUUGGUACUGAAGUUAUUGCAGCAGAGGGCAUGAUUGUAACUGCUGGAGGCAUAGAUUGUCAUAUCCACUUCAUAUGCCCUCAAUUAGCACAAGAGGCAAUAUCAAGUGGUAUCACAACACUGGUGGGAGGUGGGACAGGACCAGCAGAUGGAACUCGUGCAACCACCUGUACUCCUGCACCAUUCCAAAUGCAAUUGAUGCUGCAGUCAACUGAUGAUUUGCCAAUCAAUAUUGGCUUCACAGGCAAGGGUAACAGUGCAAAACCAGAUGGGUUACUUGAGAUCAUAAAAUCAGGGGCAAUGGGUCUGAAACUGCAUGAAGACUGGGGAAGCACUCCUGCUGCAAUAGACAACUGUUUAACAGUUGCAGAAGCUUUUGAUAUUCAAGUCAAUAUCCACACAGACACCUUGAAUGAAUCGGGAUGUGUGGAACACACAAUUGCUGCAUUUAAGGAUAGGACAAUACAUACCUAUCACAGUGAAGGUGCAGGUGGUGGUCAUGCUCCUGAUAUCAUUAAAGUAUGUGGUGUAAAAAAUGUCUUACCCUCAUCAACAAAUCCAACUCGACCUUUUACUUCAAAUACCGUAGAUGAGCACCUCGACAUGCUGCUGGUUUGUCAUCACCUUGAUAAGAACAUUUGCGAAGAUGUAGCAUUUGCUGAGUCUCGGAUCCGGGCCGAAACAAUUGCUGCUGAAGACAUUUUGCAUGACAUGGGGGCCAUCAGUAUCAUAUCUUCUGAUUCACAAGCUAUGGGUCGUGUUGGUGAGGUGAUUACUCGGACAUGGCAAACUGCUCAUAAGAUGAAGAUGCAAAGAAGAAGAUCAAUUGAAUCCAGUGGGUCCAACAAUGAUAAUUUCCGAAUCAAGCGAUACAUAGCAAAAUAUACUAUAAAUCCAGCCAUAGCCAAUGGUUUUUCUAACCACGUUGGCUCCAUUGAGGUAGGGAAACUUGCUGAUCUUGUCAUCUGGAAACCUUCAUUCUUUGGUGCAAAACCAGAAAUGGUGAUUAAAGGUGGUGUGAUUGCAUGGGCUAAUAUGGGUGAUCCAAAUGCUAGCAUUCCUACACCAGAACCGGUGAUGAUGAGGCCUAUGUUUGGUGCGUUUGGGAAAGCUGCCAGCUCCAACUCAAUUGCUUUUGUGAGCAAGGUUGCAAAAGAUUUGGGCGUUGCAAAUGAGUAUGGCCUCAAAAAAAGGGUGGAAGCUGUUGGUAAUGUGCGCGGCUUGACGAAGCUGGACAUGAAGCUCAAUGAUGCACUACCCAAGAUGGACGUUGACCCUGAGACGUACAUGGUGACAGCCGAUGGUGAAGCUCUCAAAUGUGAGCCGGCAUCCUCUGUGCCCCUAUCUCGAAAUUACUUCCUCUUUUAGCUGCAGGUGGAGUUGGUGGUCCCAAACACCAGGAAACCAUGAUUAAACGAAUACAACAGAAUGCCUUUGUUGUAUACUAUAACAGGCAGCUCUCUGUGCUGAAAUAUCUAGAAUUUUUUAGAAUAUUUAUAUUUGAGGACCGAAAAUUUGAAUAAUGAUAUAUGAAGAGGACUAUUAUAUCAUUAUAGGAUAGAUUACUUCUAAUAAGUAUAAUUAGUUAUUAUGAUAAUAAAUAAAUGUUCGACUUUCUAACUGUAACUCAUAAUAAUCGGAACUCGUUGCAGUAGUG